AUGUCAUCUCCAUUGAAAGUUGCAAUUGUCGGUGCCUCAGGUAAAGUAGGUUCCUUUCUUGUUCAACUUUUGAAAAAUGAUCCAACUCAUUUCGCUACACCACUAGCCUUAGUCAGAACUGCUGAACAGGUUAAGCAUUGGAAAUCUGAAGUUGGUAUUGAUGCUAAAUUGACUAGUGUUGAAACUGACGAUGUCGAUACAAUUGCUAACGCCAUUAACGGUGUAGAUGCAGUUGUAUUUGCUGCAGGUGCUGGCGGUAAGGGUGUUGAAAGAAUCUUUACAGUCGACCUUGAUGGUUGUUUGAAAGUUGCUGAAGCUUGUGAAAAAGUGGGUACAAAGAGAUUUGUUCUAGUGUCGGCGAUUAUGGCAGAAAAUAGAAAGUUCUGGUGGGAUCUACAAGGUCUAAGGGAAUAUUACAUUGCAAAGAGGUCUGCUGAUCGUGAGAUUAGAUGUACAAAACUGGAUUAUACAAUCGUUCAACCGGGUUGGUUAACGAAUGAUGAUUCUACAGGUAAAUAUGUUCCUGCAGACAAAGCUGAAUCUGUAUUUUCAGAUCAUAGGGAAAUUGCUAGAAAGGAUGUAGCUUUAUUUAUUAAGGAAGCUUUGUUACAUCCAAAGGAGACUAACAGAAAGACAAUUCCGCUAUUGAAUGGCGAUGUCCCUGUUCAAGAAUUUGUUAAACAAUUAGAUUAG